AUGACUUCCAACAAUGGCGCAUCCGAACUCGAUAAGAUAGUAUACAUCAGCAAUGAAUUGUGUCGAUUGAAGCUCACUCCCAAGGAGUUCAUUGCGGGUUUUCUCACCAAAGAACACCCACAGCUAGUUUACCGGCGACGCACCUGGGCUACCAAAUUUGGAUGGACUUCCACUGUGAACUUGGUCCAAUCGAUAAGGAACUUAUUCCUUAUGACGCAGGAAGGAUCGGACCAAUGGGCUGAAUACAUAGAAGGAGAGGCGAUAAGGAUCUCUCGAUCACAAAGCCCACCAAUUGGCUACUAUCCCUGCGGCUCCUUUCAAAGUGCGGUUUCUGUGACCCCUGGGUUCUUCACCGAUUUAGCUAUGGAUCAACGCAAGGAUCGAUUGACCAACAACGAUACCCCAUUCCUUUAUAAUAUCCUAGUUGGAACUCUCGCAAGAGCAGGAGCCGAGGUGUUCACACCAGAAGAACUAGAUGCUGACCAUCCUCAAGACCCAUGCCCUUCGCCAACAACCUCUCCUGAUGAUACGAGUGACACUCACUUGUCUUCCGAUGAGUGCGAUGAGUUGGCAUACAAGGGGUCUGUGUUCUCAACUGCAACCCCAGGAAAGCAAGAUAGACAAGCCCGUUCGGCACAAACCGCUGCAGUUAUCUGCUCAAUGAUGGCAUUUGCGCGCAACAGACGGCAAAAUGGACUCCAGCUGGCCAACUCAAUCUGUUUUGUUGCUUGUGGAGUCUCAGAAACAAUCAAUGAGUAUUUGCAUUACAUUGGCUUGACAUCUUCUCGUAAGACAGCACUGGUGGCAUUACAAUCUCUUUCUCGGGCCGCCGCCAACAACAUUGUGAACUCGAUGUCGGUCAUGAAUCGUCUGGCCCCAUCGCUCUGCAUCGACAACCUCGACAUGGAGCAGCGGGUACAUCUUGCAUCGGUUGGGACUCAGAAUCGGAUGUUUCACGGCACUUGGGGAUACAUUCAUGUCCACUCCAAAUCCCUGUUGGAUUCUCUGGACCCAGACAAAUUGACGCUUGCAGAAUAUCACAUGUCACUCCGCCCACUGGCCGACUGGGUCAUAGACCCCAACCUCUUCCUUCCUACGGACAGCACCAAUGACUAUGCUGAUGUCUGGAAAAGUCAGAUUGCGACAGUUAUGCUCAAGUAUGUCGCCACCCCAACCGAUCGUAAGGCAAUGAUCUCAACAGACCCACCAACGGUUGAGCAAGUGAGCUGGGAGGUCCCAGAUAUACACAUGCUGAGGUUGAUGGAUGAGUCGGACAAUUCAGCUGAGGGGAUUGGCCAGGUGAUGGAGGCCCUACAGCGCCAAUCAGGGCUGGAACCGGAGGAGUUCUUUGGGCGGCUGCAGCUGAUAAACGGUGACCUAGGGACUGCUCAGCUUUUCAAUGCCAUCAGGUCUCUCCGAAACCCAAGCGAGCACUGCGAGCACCAUCUCAACAAUGUCACUUUCAGCCUAGGCGCAUCACACACCCUUUGGAACAUCUCGCAGGCGAUUCUCACAAAACACUUCGGAAAUUCAAGUAAGAUGGAUGAUCUUGGGGUUUGGCGAUACUUGGAUUCCCUAGGGAUUCCACCCGAGAAAGUUAUUCAAAAGAAAGAUUUCUCGAAGAUGAUUACGGCCUUGACUCAUGUACAUGAGGCCACCAUACAACAUUGCCUCCGUGUUGUAAUGGACAUCCAUGACAAACCGAUCAGCGAGGUCCUCCCAGAACUUCCCUCUGAGAGAUGGAACAGCAUUGUUGAGCAGUGCUAUGUUCAAUAUUGUUCCCCUCAGGCUUGCCAGGCCGCCUCGACCCGUGUAUGUCAAAAACUCUCGACUUUACUCAUCCGGCUUCAGGAUUUUUCAACCGUGGUUGAAGCUAAUCGGUCAAUGAAGGCGGGGGAUGUCGGCCGCUUGAUUAACAUCUGGAAGAUGUGGUCAAUCAUGACACAAUCUCUUCCUGGGCUAACUCAUUAUUCCGCAUAUCUCCCCCGCCUGGUACUCAUGUUAACAAAGAUCCUACCUAACGAUUUGGCCAAAUUAAUGAGGCAUGACCUGCUGGUCUCACCAAGUGGCCGCCCCAAUCACUUUGUCGCCAAAGAUUUCCUCCUGGAGAAUCACAACUACUGGCUGAAGUUCUUCUACGUCCGGGCAGGGAUUGGGACUCAGAUUGAUCGACUGAGAAGGCUAUUCUCAUCAAACAUCCCACUGCUGCGCACAAUGUUCCGAUCUUUGCGUCGGGACAGCGGAGGCAGAUAUGUGCAACAGACACACAAACACAUCCUCAACCUCCGAUCACUUGAACGUUUCACUCAAAUGGCUCAAGAUAACGACAUACUUGACGAUCUGCCACUCAAGAGUCCAUUAUCGAUUCCGAUCAUGCCAGAUACGUAUUUGGAUGGCAUCCAGUGCCUCAAAAAGGAAAUCCGAGACAACAUUGAGAUCAGUGAUGACGAGGAGGAUAUGAUAAUUGAUGGGAUCCGUGCAGACACGCCCACACCCAACGGAUAUUCAUCACCUGAGGAGUCGGAUGAAGACGAAGAUCAAGCCAAUGAAGAUGAUGAGCAGGUCAAUGAUGAUUCGCAAUCCGAAGACGAAGAGAUGUCCAUGUGA